AUGGCCUCAGACUUAGAGGUGCUGACCUUCAUCCCAGCCACAUCACACUCAGCUACGAACUGCCCCAAUUACACCUGUGCAGACAAACCCGUAUUCACUCCAUCCAGUCUGGUAGUGAAGUACGGAGGCCCGAUCAGUGCCACAUGUGUUCAAUGUAAUAAUUCCUGCCAGGGCGCCAUAACUGGCAUAGCGCAUUCUCAGGGAAAGAAAACGGAAAGUUGAACUACGUUUGUGUGGACCGUUGACAGAAUAACUGAAUGGGACUCAACUAUCACAUGUUUUUACACUGCUGAUAAACAGUGUUGUACUGACCUGAAUGUAACUGUCUACCAACUUCCAAAUGUGUCCAUCAGCUUUGUCCAUCACACUGAGCCAAUGGUUGAGGGUCAUCAGUACCAGCUGCAGUGUACCGGGAAGAAUGUAGCUCCUGUUAAACACCUUGUCCUUGUCCUCCUGGAUCAGCUUCAGUCUGAAAGUAAGGAACCCUAUAAACCAGUGAAUGAAACCUUCACUCUGAACAUCACCGUUAGUAAAGAAGAUAAUGGAGCUCAGUUCUGGUGUGAAGCCAAACUAGAACUGGGACCUGAAGGACCACAACCCCCUCCAGUAGUGACAUCAGAAAACAUCACUGCUACAGUCAACUAUACGGAGCCAACCACAACCAUGGCCACGACCACGACCACAACAACUUCACAACUACAGCAACGCCAACCUCAGCAGCAACGACUAUGA